AUGGACAACAAAGCCAUGUACAUGCACACCGUGAAUGACCGUGACAACAGUUCCAUCUUUGAGGAGCCCUUUGACGGCAGGAGCCUGUCCAAGCUGAACCUGUGUGAGGACGGUCCAUGCCACAAGCGGCGGGUGGGUCGAUGCUGUACACAGCUGGGCUCCCUGUCAGCACUGAAGCACGCAGUCCUGGGGCUCUACCUUCUGGUCUUCCUGAUUCUUGUGGGUAUCUUCAUCUUAGCAGUGUCCAGGCCUCGAAGCUCCCCAGAGGACUUAAAGGUGCUGACUCGGAAUGUGAACCAGCUGAAUGAGAGCUUCCGGGACAUGCAGCUGCGGCUGCUGCAGGCUCCGCUGCAGGCGGACCUGACAGAACAAGUGUGGAAGGUUCAGGAUGCGCUGCAGAACCAGACAGACUCGCUGUUGGCCCUGGCAGGCUUAGUGCAGCGGUUGGAGGGUACACUGUGGGGGCUGCAUGCACAGGCGGCACAGACUGAGCAGGCAGUGGCCUUGCUGCGUGACCGCACUGGACAGCAGAGUGACUCCGCACAGCUGGAACUCUAUCAGCUGCAGGUAGAGAGCAACCGCAGCCAGUUGCUGCUGCAGCGGCACAAGGGCCUGCUGGACGGGCUGGCGCGCAGGGUGGGCGUCCUGAGUGAGGAGCUGGCUGACGUGGGUGGCGCACUGCGUGGCCUCAACCAAAGCCUGUCCUAUGAUGUGGCCCUGCACAGCACACGGCUGCAGGACCUGCAGGUUCUGGUGAGCAAUACCAGCGCUGACACACGCCGCAUGAGGCUGGUGCACAUGGACAUGGAGAUGCAGCUUAAGCAGGAGCUGGCCAUGCUCAACGUGGUGACCGAGGACCUGCGUCUCAAGGAUUGGGAACACACCAUUGCCUUGAGGAACAUCACCCUUGCCAAAGGGCCACCAGGACCCAAAGGUGACCAGGGCAAUGAAGGAAAGGAGGGAAAGCCGGGUACUCCUGGAUUUCCUGGACUUCGAGGUCUGCCCGGAGAGAGAGGGACCCCAGGACUGCCUGGUCCCAAGGGUGAUGAUGGGAAGCUAGGGGCCACAGGCCCCAUGGGCAUGCGCGGAUUCAAAGGUGAGCGAGGCCCAAAAGGAGAGAAAGGAGAGAGAGGAGAGAUACAUGGAGAUGUCAAUGGUGUGGAUUUCACAAUGAUUCGCCUGGUGAAUGGCUCUGGGCCACAUGAGGGCCGAGUGGAGGUGUACCAUGAUCGUCGCUGGGGCACAGUGUGUGAUGACGGCUGGGACAGGAAGGAUGGGACCGUCGUGUGCCGCAUGCUGGGCUUCCAUGGUGUUGAGGAGGUGUACCGGACAGCUCGCUUUGGGCAAGGCACGGGGCGGAUUUGGAUGGAUGAUGUGAACUGCAAGGGAACUGAGCUCUCCAUCUUCCACUGCCAAUUUGCCAAAUGGGGAGUGACAAACUGUGGGCAUGCUGAGGACGCUGGAGUGACUUGCACUGCAUUCUGA